GUGUCGGGCACAUUGAUUUGCAACGUCACUUUUUUUUUUGAGGUUUCACUUUUUUUUAUUUUUGGCGUGCGUUUCUUUCUCUCCUAAAUAAACAAAAUGAGUAACGUUUUAAAAAGACCUGCCAGAAGAAAGAAGUUGAAGCAAAGAGAAGAAACGGAUGAGGAACAAGAGAAUAGAUUUGUAGAUCAGUUUCAACAGAUCAAGAAAAGACGAGUUGAACGAAAGGAAAAUGUUAAAACGAUCAACAUGCUGUUUGACAAAUUGAAUCAAUCAAGACAAGAAUUAGAGAAAGAAGGUCAUUACGGCACUUCAAAAAAGACCAAGGAAGAACGAGUAGCACCAACUGUUGAAAAGAUCAAAUUUGACGACGAUUACAUGCUCGACUCAGAUCAUAGUUCAGACGAAGAGGAAUCCACCAUGUUAAACGCAGCCAAACUUUAUCUGGACGAAGAAGCUCAAGAGAAUAUUCAAACUGCCAUUGACGAAAGCAAAAACGUUGAAGUAGUUGAAUCACAGGACUGUUGGAACCAAGAAUUCUUUAAACUAGGCACCAAGCAUAUAAGACAGCCCGCAUUGGUUUCAAGAGAAUUAGGAAUCGGUCAAAAGGAAAUCCACAUUUCAGAGCUAUCUGCUAGUUCCAAAGGUAGAUCGUACUUAUUGUCAUCAGGAUGUAUGAAGGAUUGGCAUCGUAGUGGAUGGAUCUGUCCCAACUAUGUCUAUCAGUGGCUUUUUGAAGUUGUUGGAUUAGAGUUGGACAAGAUGGCAUCCAAAAAUGCAUUAUCCACUUUAUUUUCAUUGUGGUCUUUACCUGGUGCCAAAGUGGAAACGAAAUUACCGCACAUUUAUAAACAACGUUAUAUUACACUAGAAACAUUUAAAGGGGUGUUGACAGCAUAUAGCGCCAUCCCUUCCCAGUUAGUAGAAGGAGUAUCAGCACCACCAGAUAAAUCCGAAGUAAGUAAGACAGAGGAUGAUAAAGAGGCGAACGAGAAUUCGGAGGCCAGUCGAUAUAUUCCAUUAUCUCAGCUGGGAUGGAUGAUAAAAGCGUUCAGUUUCUCUGUGCGAUUAUGGUCCAAAGCCUAUACAUCGUACGAAAUCCGACAUACGAUUCGACUCCUGCUGCAACUAUCGCUUGAUAAGACGGGAUACUUGGUGAUACAAGAAAUUCAGACAGCGAUCGAUAACUGCUUAUCCGCUAUGCGAGAGACGAACUGGGAGACGGAAAUUAAGACAAUUGCCAAUGAUAUAUGUGAUAUCGUGCCAUCGACCAAACGACAGGUGCACUUGCUGGAUUCAGUCAAGACGAACUAUGAACGAUCACGUUAUUUGAGAAGGGUGAUUGGUGUGACAUGUUUGGAACGGUGCCUGGAAGUAGAAGUGCCCGGUAGCGUAGAUUAUAUCUUGGCCGAUCAGACAAUCAUUCAACAGAUCUCGCAGAUCUUUCAUCAUCCACAAGGAUUCUUCCUUAAUAGAGAUGAUAUUGAUUAUGAAGAAGUCUGUAUACGUGUUGCCAUGUUGGAUGCGGCCAUUGGUAUCGAUGAUGAUGAAAUUAAACGUGACAAGAAAUUGGUACUGGAAAUGGCUGCUGAACUUCGAAAUAUCGGUUUAGGCAUAGGUUCAAGAUUAGGCGUCAUGAAGAAGACUUUGGCGAACGAAAUGAUUCAGCGUGUGUGGGGUCGCAUAUCAUACGUUGUUGGAGCUGUUACAAAGUAUGCUUAAACCUUAUUUAUUUAUUUUGUUACUCCACUCUUUUUUUUUUUUUC